AUUUAAACAAAAUAAAAAUUAAUGGGGGUCUGUUCUUCGAAAACAUAAAAUCGUCAAGCAAAUCAACAGCAAUACAGUUUAAUAAAUCAAACACAAACACAGCCACCAGAAUAACCAAAAUAAAAAACACAACUAAUAGUAUAACCACAAUAAGUGAACCAACAAGAAUAAUAAGUAAAUGAAAGAAUGGAUGUGUACCCAUUAAGUAAAGAAGAAUUUGACCUAUUUAAGGAUGAUGUCUGUAUUAAAAACAUACAUAAAUAAUUUGAAAAUAUUAAUCAAAUAUUUGAUAGAGUAUGAAAAUAAAUUUAUAAUAGUUGACAAAAGAGCUUGAUAAACUUUCACAAUAAUUUUUAUCAGGAACUGAUUACGAAGCCCUUAAGUGA